AUGGAUUCAUCCAUCAAUGAUGAAGAAGUUCGGUCUAAUAUCAUUAAGGGCCCGUCCUCGCUCGGCGCAGUAGCUGCAGCUUUUGUCCCGACUGCUCUCACAGCAGUGUUGUUCAUCAUCGCUUUCGUUCUCAUUCGACAACGGUUUCCAAACAUCUACUACCCACGAACUUUCCUGGGAACUGUGCCAAAGAAAGAUCGUACGCCAUGUCAGAACCGUUCUUACUGGGACUGGAUCCACACCAUGAGGGUUGUCCCGGACAAGUGGAUGCUGUACCAUCAAUCGCUCGACUCGUACCUGUUUCUUCGCUUUCUGCGAACCUUGAUCUUCAUAUGUGUUGUGGGCGCAUGCAUCACAUGGCCGAUUCUGAUGCCGGUCAAUGCGACGGGUGGGGGCAAGGCGACUGAGCUCAAUCGCAUCUCGAUUGGUAAUGUCAAGAAGAGGAAACAUCUGUACGCUCAUGCGACGGUGGCAUGGGUCUUCUUCAGCUUUGUCAUGUUCACGGUGGCAAGAGAGAGGUUGUGGCUCAUUGGGUUACGACAAGCCUGGAAUUUGUCGAAGACCAAUGCGAAGAGACUUUCGUCUCGUACCGUUCUGUUUCUCUCAGCACCAACGCCUGCGCUCGACCAAGCCAAUAUGCAGCGGUUUUUCGGCAACGAUGCAGUACGAGUAUGGCCGGCCACCAAAGCUGAUAAGCUGAAGUCACUCGUCUCUUCCAGAAACUCUUUGGUGGAAGAGCUAGAGUCAGCCGAGCUGACGCUCAUCAAGAACGCCAAUGAGAGAGGCAGGAAGAGACAGAGCAAGAACAGCCGCCGUGACGUAACGUACGACAGCUUUUCCGACGGUAUCAAGAAAUCACUGCGACCAACGCAUCGCCUGAAGACAGAGAAAGUUGGUAAGCAGGUCGACAGCAUUGAUUACUACCGUGAGAAGAUUAAGGAGAAGGAAUCCGAGAUUGAGAGAGCCAGGGAAUCCAACGCGACUGCUGAUAGUCAUGGCGGUGCAGCAGCAGUGUUUGUGGAGUUCCGCACACAAGCUGCAGCUCAACACGCGUGUCAGCAAGUUGCUUCCGCAGACAUUCUUUCAUUGACUCCACGCUACACAGGCGUCAAGCCCAACGAAGUCAUUUGGGAGAACUUGACUUUGGCACCGGCACGCCGACUAUCUCAAGAGGGCAUUGCACUGGCUCUGGUCAUCGCGACGAUCAUCUUUUGGUCGAUACCAGUAUCUCUGGUUGGCGCAGUAUCCAACAUUGGCUACCUUGCGGAGAACUUCAAGUGGCUCGCUUUUCUCAACAAGCUUCCACCUACUGCCAUAAGCCUGCUUUCUGGCCUGCUGCCUCCACUGCUACUCAGUAUGCUGGCUUCGUACGUGCCAAAAAUCUUCCGAUACAUCUUCAAGACAUUCGGUGAAGCUACGAAUACCUCGGCUGAGUUACGAGUGGUGAAGUGGUACUUCGUCUUCCAAGUCCUACAGGUCUUCCUUGUCACAACACUCGCCUCCGGAGCUGCUGCAGUUGUGUCCCAGAUCGCCAACAAUCCGACUUCUAUUCCUCAGCUACUCGCAGAUAAGCUACCGAGUGCCUCAAACACAUACUUGACGUACUUCAUCAUCCAGGGCUUAAGCAACGCUCCGAGCAAUGUACUCAAUUACUCGGAUGUACUGUCAUGGGCCUUUUUCGACAAAUUCUUCGAUAAGACGCCGCGACAGAAGUACAACAGUUAUGUGUAUAUGAGGGGUAUGCAAUGGGGCAAGCUGUUCCCGAAAUAUGUCAACUUCGUUAUCAUUGCAAUUGCCUACGCGUGCAUUGCGCCCCUAGUGUUGGGUUUCGCCGCUCUUGGUCUUGGUCUGUUCUAUUACAGCUACCGCUACCAGUUGCUCUACACCAACCAACCCAAGGUCGACACGAAGGGCCAUUGCUAUACUUUGGCUCUACAGCAGAUCCUGACUGGUAUCUACAUCGCCGAGCUCUGCCUGUUUGGUCUCUUCAGUCUACGCAACGCUACCGGUCCAUCCAUCAUGAUCGCCCUCCUCUUCGUGGCCACAGUCAUCUUCAAUUACACCACAAACCGAUACUUUGCGCCGCUGGAGCAGUACCUUCCUGCUGACUUGGCUCUGGAGUCUGGAGACGAUGAGCAAGCUCCCUUGUUAUCUGCGGCCGAAGAGGGCGAAGCAGAUGCGUUGCGGAAUACAGAGUCGAACAUCGAUCGGCUGACCAGCCGCGCACGUGUUCCCAAGAAGGUUGUCACUCCCAUCGCGCGGUUCCUGCAACCGCAUAUCUUCGCCAGCCACACAGCUAUGAAAGAAUGGUUGCGAGAGGGCGACUUUGAUCCAGAUGAUGUACCGGAGUACAGCGAGGAGGAUCUGAACAAGGCUUAUCUGAACCCAGCUUAUACGAGCAAGACGCCUGUCGUGUGGCUGGCGAGAGAUAGCAUAGGCGUAAGCAAGAGCGAGAUCCAGGCGAAUGAAUCGGCGGGGAUUCAGUGUAGCGAUCAGGGUACAUGGAUUAACGAAAAGGGAGAAUUGAAGUGGUCUUCGGAUAACUUCGAUGAGGUACCUAUCUUCAAGGAGGGAAAGAAAUGGUAG